UAUUAUGAUACGGACGGAGUACAAGAUGCUUAGGAAGGUGCUUGAUAAAUUAAGCCAAGUUUUUCUCAAGCAUCAAUGCUUAUGUCUAUAAAACCCUAUACAAAUAAGCAUCGAUACUUCAAAAAAUUGAUUAUUUUUCUGAGCAACUCGUUUAAGUACCUUGCAUUGUACAAGGCCUCGUUGGCAAUGACUUUCCGAGCAGCACGCAGAAUUUGAUAUCAAGCACGUAGAAUUUGAUGCACACAGGUGCUCAAGCCGUCAUGAUACACGUGCGCAGUUUACGCCGUUCAUCGCACCUCGUUCUUCGUCAUUUCCAUCGCUGCCCCGCCAUUAACUCCCGUCCUUUAUCAGUGAAGAGCUUGUCGGGCCACUUUCCAAGCACCGGUACGGCAGUACACUUGCUUGCUGCUCACUACCUCUUUCCUCUCGUCUCUCCACAGUUUGGAUUUAAUGCUCGACGCAGGAAGCCAUAGAUCUCCCUUAGAACUGCGAGAACUUGCCUUCCUUGGUGCCCAACUAGCAACCACAGUCGGGCCAUUUUCUCUGUUUCUUUGAUCGGCCAGGUGCUUGCUGCUCUAGCUAGCUAGCAGUAUGGCAAUGGUAAAGAGAUGCCUUUGCAGAUCCGAGGAAGACUUCAGAGGACUGUUGAGGACAACCAAUAUCCACCUUUUCUCCUACAAAGAGAUCAGAAGAGCAACGAACAGCUUCGACCAUGGCAACAAGCUAGGCAGAGGUGGUUUCGGAACUGUAUACAAGGUACUAGUAUUGUUGUUACCUCUUGGCGCUUGUUCGGUUAAACUGGGAAAAAUCGAACAAUGGAGACGUGUUUACAUGCAGGGAACCUUCGGAGACGGCACCGCAUUUGCCGCCAAGGUUCUAUCUUGCGAAUCUGAACAAGGGAUCAAGGAAUUCCUGACAGAAAUCGAAAGCAUCAGCGAGGCCAAGCAUGCGAACCUCGUCAGCUUGUUGGGCUGCUGUGUCCAGAAGCAAAAUAGGAUCCUGGUCUAUGAGUACGCGGAGAACAACAGCCUCGAUCAUGCACUGAAAGCUCUGGGUUCAGCGAGCGGAGCAACGAUUCUCCCAUGGAGCGUGAGAUCGGGCAUCUGCAUGGGCACGGCCAAGGGGCUGAGCUACCUACACGAGGAGCACGAGCCCAACAUCGUGCACAGAGACAUCAAGGCAAGCAACGUCCUUCUCGGCAGAGGCUACAGCCCCAAGAUCGGGGACUUCGGCCUGGCGAAGCUGUUCCCGGACAACGUCACUCAUGUCACCACGCGCGUGGUCGGGACGACUGGGUACCUGGCGCCUGAAUACGUGGUGCACGGGCAGCUGACCAAGAAGGCCGACGUCUACAGCUUCGGGGUCCUCGUCCUCGAGAUCAUCAGUGGCCGGAGGGUCUCGGAGACGAUUCGAUCGGACACGUUCCUCGUGAGACAGGCAUGGCUGCUCUACGAGCAGGGAAAGCCGCUGGACAUGGUGGACGCCAGAGUCAAGGACUACCCGGAGGCAGAGGUGCUGAGAUACAUCAAGGUGGGCCUGGCGUGCACGCAGGCGGCGCCCAGCGGGAGGCCUACGAUGCAGCAGGUGGUGAAGAUGCUGUCGCGGCCCGCCGCGCUCCGCGUGCUGGAGAUGAACUUUGCCGACCAUGACUGCUCCGCUGCCAUCACACGUCCUGGCAUGAGCUUGUCGCCUCUUUCCUCCAUGGCAACAACUAGUAUGAAUUCCGCCUCUGCCACUUACAGCCAAAUUGUACCUAGGUAGAUGGACUGGUUUUCGAAACAAAACCAUGCUCUAAAAACGCCACUUUUGAAAGCACUGACUUUUGUUUCAGAGCAUUGGGUAUGUUUUUCGUACACAGAAUUUUGUAUGUACGUCGAACAUUCAACAAUGCUUGUUGCCUUUCCAAACAAAUUAUUUGUUGUGAAAAAUGUUUUUUUUUAACUUUGUUUACUGUUUCUGGUUGGUGCAUUCGCUCAUAAGCAAAAGAACUAGUAUUGCACACCCCUCGCACCUUAAAAUUGCAGAAACCAACAGCAUGCCCUCUGUGACAUGCACCUGAUUGACAAGGCCGUACGAAAUUUGCGCAGCCCCAAAGCUUCGCCAAAAUCAUCUAGGACCACAGAACAAGCAUUAAUAUCCAGCUUCUGUGGCAUGGUAAAUAUCAUCAGGUCAUAAGCCAAGAUCGAUAACCUCUACUCAAUCAGAUCUAUCUACACAUUCAUUCGAAGAGUGCAUGAACAUACAAUGCAAAAUUUCAAUCAACGACAAAGAUUAGCAAUUUUGAAGAUGGAGUUCUUAUUUUUUCACAAAGGAUGCCCAUAUUGAUGAUUUUUGUACUAUAACUGCUUUUUAAGCAUUUUCGAGUGUCCCCCUGCAUCCCUAUCACAGUAGAUGCUUGUGGAACUUAUGUUUAUUUCCAUUCCACUUUUUCCUUAAAAAAACUAGAAGACAUUGGCAAUAAAAAAAAUCAUGGCCUCUGGACCAAGAUCUUUCAAUUCAAAUAAACAGCAUACUAAUAAAAUGACUAAACAGAGAAAUAAUUAGCUACAUGAUGGCUAACCUAAUGAUAAUUAAACACCUACUGGCAUCAUGCCACAACCUAAAAUCUAUACUACAGCCGCUGAUAAAAA